UCGGAGGCUCAGGAACGGAGUGAGGUUCGGAACCUGAACUCAGCUUUUGAAGUCCUCGAAGGCUCAAACAACUAGCGUAAUGUUUGUUCAACUUCGAGCAGUUCGAACCUGGUAAAAUCUCUGAUCACUAGCCCUAAAGCUCGUUAAUCGACGCUGAAUUACAAAUUCCUCGAAUUUAGUGAAAUUGAGGACGAAAGAUUUGAUCAAGAAAGAUCCUACUUCCAGGAUUUCGAAGACUGGUAAUGCGGGCGUUGAUCCGUCUCUUUGGUGUUUUACGAGGCUGAUUCGUGUCAGUGCAGAGCCAAAUUCAACAGGCUGCAGAGUAUCUUGUCUUAAUUGUGCAGAUUAGGUUAUAAUUACGGUGUAUUUUAGGAUUUCUGUCGGUUUCUUAAGCAGUACGUUUGGUUUCGAGCAAGAAGAUGGCGCAGAGUAACUGGGAAGCAGAUAAGAUGCUCGAUGUGUACAUUUAUGAUUACUUGGUGAAGAAAAAAUUACAUGCCACGGCUAAGUCCUUCAUGAACGAAGGAAAGGUUGCCCCGGAUCCAGUAGCAAUUGAUGCUCCUGGAGGAUUUUUGUUCGAAUGGUGGUCUGUAUUCUGGGACAUAUUUAUAGCAAGGACGAACGAGAAACAUUCUGAAGCCGCUGCAGCAUAUAUAGAGGCACAACAAAUUAAAACGAAGGAACAACAGCUGCAGAUGCAACAACUGCAACUUAUGCGUCAAGCACAGUUACAAAGGAGGGAUGCUAGUCACCCUUCGCUUGGUGGUUCACUGAAUGCCGUUAAUUCUGAAGGAAUGCUCGGGCAACCAACAGCUAGUGCACUGGCAGCAAGAAUGUACGAGGAACGCAUGAAAAACCCUAAUGCAAUAGAUUCAGAGACGUCCCAACCACUUCUUGAUGCAAGGGUGGCCCUUAUCAAACCAAAUGCAAAUCAUCCAGGACAGCUAGGAAACUCUGGAAGCGUGAAUGCAGCAUUGCAGCAGAUCCAGGCACGAGGUCAGCAGCCCACGGAUAUCAAAUCAGAGGUCAAUAUUGGUGGUACUCAAAGGUCCUUGCCUAUGGAUCCAUCUUCAGUUUAUGGGCCAGGGUUAAUGCAAUCAAAACCUGGUGGAUUAGGAAACGCAGGCUUGAACCCUGGAGUCAACGGUCUCCCAUUGAAGGGGUGGCCUUUAGCUGGUCUUGAGCAAAUAAGGCCAGGUUUAGGCGCACAGGUUCAGAAACCUUUCCUUCAGAAUGCAAGUCAAUUUCAGCUCUUACCGCAGCAGCAGCAGCAGCAACUUUUGGCCCAGGUCCAAGCACAAGGAAAUCUUAGUAGUUCGCCUAUGUACAAUGACAUGGAUCCUCAAAGAUUUAGAGGAUUACCAAGGAAUAACUUAACUGCAAAAGAUGGUCAACCAAUUACGAAUGAUGGAUCAAUUGGCUCACCCAUGCAGUCGACUUCAUCGAAGAUGAAUAUUCCACAAAUGCAACAGUCUUCUUCCCAACAGCAGGAUGGCUUACAUCCUCAGCAAGUACAACAGAACCGAAAAAGGAAAGGGCCUUCAUCUUCUGGAGCUGCUAACAGUACUGGAACAGGGAAUACCAUUGGACCUAACUCUCAACCAUCAACUCCAUCAACUCACACCCCUGGCGAUGGAGCUGUUAUCGCCCCUAAUCUGCAGAAUGUUAAUAGCAUCUCAAAGAGUAGUUUAAUGAUAUAUGGCACGGAUGGAACAGGCGGUCUUGCAUCAUCCACAAACCAGCUGGAAGACAUGGAACAUCUUGGAGAUAUUGGUUCCUUAGAUGAUAAUGUGGAAUCCUUUCUCUCACAUGAUGAUGGGGAUGGAAGGGAUUUGUUUGGCACGUUGAAGCGGAACCCUUCUGAGCAUGCUGCAGAAAAUUCAAAGGGUUCUUCUUUUAAUGAAGUUGGUUCCAUGCGUAAAAGCAACAGCAAAGUUGUGUGCUGUCAUUUCUCUUCGGAUGGAAAGUUAUUGGCAAGUGCCGGUCAUGACAAAAGGGUUGUUAUCUGGAACAUGGAGACAUUGCAAACUGAAAGCACACCAGAGGAACACACUCUUAUCAUUACGGAUGUUCGUUUCAGACCCAAUUCAACUCAGCUAGCAACAUCUUCCUUUGAUACAACUGUUCGACUUUGGGAUGCGGCACAACCAACUUAUUGCUUACACGCAUAUGCUGGACAUACCUCGCAUGUGGCAUCUCUAGAUUUCCACCCUAAGAAGAGUGAACUUUUUUGCUCUUGCGAUGCGAACAAUGAGAUUCGCUACUGGCACGUCAGUCAGGGCUCUACUACCCAUGUCUCAAAGGGUGGCUCAACUCAGGUAAGAUUUCAGCCAAGAAUAGGGCAACUUCUGGCUGCAGCAUCAGAGAACAUUGUUUCGAUCUUUGAUUUCGAGUCAGACAGGCUAACACUCUCAUUAAAGGGUCACUCAACAGAUGUACAUUCUGUUUGUUGGGAUACAAAUGGAGAUUAUUUAGCAUCUGUUAGUCAGGAAUCUGUCCGAGUAUGGUCGAUCGCCUCGGGAGAAUUGAUUCACGAGCUCAGUUCCAGCGGAAAUAUGUUCCAUUCUUGCGUUUUUCACCCAAGCUAUUCCUCACUUUUGGUUAUCGGGGGCUACCAGUCGUUGGAGCUGUGGAACAUGGCUGAGAACAAGUGUAUGACAAUGCCUGCUCACGAGGGCAUGAUUUCAUCGUUGGCUCAAUCACCAGUGACAGGAAUGGUCGCCUCUGCGAGCCACGACAAAUCUGUCAAGAUAUGGAAAUAAGAACACACAACUUCUCUGGCGUUAUUAGGUGAGUCAAAUUCUGAUUACACAAGUCUAGUGGCCUUUUUCCAUUUUCCUCAAAUCUGCAGCUAAAAGGCUGAAAAUGGAAUUUUAAUAGAAAAAGUACAAAAGUCGAAAAAAAAAUGGAAAAAGAAGAAGAAGAAGAUGAAGAUGAAGAGUUCUUUGUGUUAUUUAAAAUUUACCUUCCAUUUUUCUUCAUUAUUUAGAGUCUUGGUGGGUAAUAAGCUGUGUGAUGGUUGUGGUCAAAGUUCCCGUGUGGCUCAUGUUGGCUUAUAGGUUAUUAGAAACACUGAACAUUCUCUUAACUACGCCGUUUUAAUACAGAGCUUAAUUUGAACUGUUAAAAACUAUUUACCACCUCAUUAUUAUUAAUUUAAAGUUAAUAAUUUUGUUA